GCUGCUAUAGACUACACUUAAAAAUAAAACUAGCUUGAAUUUUGGAAAGGGUAGGGUGGUUCAUGAAAGAGAAUGGUGAAUGUAAAAAUGCUAACAUGGGAGUGUAAACACUAGAGGCUCAGUUGCCUAGUUACAGUUGCACUGGUAACAAAAGUCAUUUCUGCAUGUGGCACUACACGACUGUUAUAAUAAAUAUUUCCCUGAUGUAAAACUCAGGUCAUCACUAAAUGUCACCACAAGGACUGAAGGCUGGCUCCAUGAAGGUACUACUGUGGGGCAUCUUCAACUAUUAUAAAAUGUAGUCACUAAUAUUUAACAGCAUUUUUACACAUUACAUUUUUAUAUUUUUUCAAUAGAACAGCAACUGUGUUUGUAUCGUCUUUGUUUUGUUUUGUUUUGGGUUUUUUUCAAUAAUCAAAUGUAAUCUUAAAAAUACUUUGAUCUUUUAUGUCAUUUUCUUCAUGAUGGAAAACUACACCUACAACAGUUUUACACUCCAGAUGGAGGGCUUCAAAGUCUCUGAGGAGUACAUGAUUCCUCUGUUCUUCUUUUUCUUAUCAUCCUACAUUUUCCUGGUUAUAACAAAUGUCUUCGUUUUAGUUCUAGUUGUUGGUGAUAAGAACUUUCACCAACCAAUGUAUCUUCUUUUUUGCAACCUUUCUGUAAGUGACCUGAUUGGUGGAACUUGCAUCAUUCCUCGGCUGCUCGCAGAUCUCGUACUCCUCCCCCCCGAACGUUUUAUUUCUUAUUACGAGUGUGUGGCACAAGCUUUCUCUGUACAACUGUUUGGUACAACCUCCCACACUGUGCUGAUGAUCAUGGCCUUCGACAGAUACGUGGCCAUCUGUGACCCUCUGCGUUACGGUGCCAUCAUGACCAAAAGAAUGAUUAUCAAGCUAACCGUUUCUGCCUGGGCCGUUCCCUUUGUUUUGGUUGGGAUUCUGAUUGGUCUGAGUGUGAGGCUGAGUCGCUGCAGGACUCUGAUCAGUGGUCCGUUCUGUGACAACGCGUCACUGUUUAAACUGUCCUGUGAGAGUGUGUUUAUUAACAACGUCUACGGCCUGACCUACACUGUGGUGCUGUUUGUAUUCUCACUAGGCUGCAUCACCAUCACCUACAUUAGGAUACUGUUAGUCUGCCUGACCAAGAAGAACAAGUCUCUGAGCAGCAAGGCCUUGAAGACCUGCAGCACUCACCUAGUGGUGUACGUGAUCAUGAUGUUCAGUGGGAACAUUCAAAUUAUUCUUCAUCGUUUUCCUCAGUACAAAGACUACGUCAAAGUUUCUGGCAUUCUCUUCACCAUUGUGCCUGGAAGCCUGAACACUGUUAUUUAUGGUGUUCAGUCCAAAGAGAUCAGACAGUUCUUUUCCAACAAACUUCAAUGUAACAGUUUAAAACCGGAUAAAAUAUAAAUGAUUCUAAGUAUGUUGUAAGUAAGUAUUUAAUAACAUGAUAAAUGCAAAAUUAAAAACAGCUGAACACAUUUGUUUUCAACUUGGUUUUUGCAUUGAAUACUUAUAAGAACAGUAGGUUUGAAAGGCU